GAGACCUGCGCGGUGGUUGUUAGGUGAAGGUAUCAUCAUGGCGUCGGGAACAGGAGAGCCGUCCGGACACGAUGCAGAAUUGGACGAAUUAUUGGACAGUGCGUUGAAUGACUUCGAUAAGGCAUCGGCCCCUCCAGCCUGUGAACCCGCAGCGGCCUCCUCCUCAGCCAGCAGUGGUGCAGAGAAGCCCCCUCUGCUUGAAGACUGCAAACUCUUCGAGACUCUCUUCGAGGGGGACAUGGCUACCCAGGCCAAGGAGGAGUGGGAGAAGGCCAUGACUGAGCUGGCCCAGGAGGAGCCAGAAUUGCUGCAGCACUUCAAUAAACUGUCAGAGGCUGCAGGCAAAGUUGGCACUGACACCGCCUCCCAACAAGAAUUCACUUCCUGUCUUAAAGAAACCCUACGUGGCCUGGCCAAAAAUGCAGACAAUCUGCAGUCCACAGGACUAGCUGGUGAUGACCUUGUCAAGGCUCUAGAAGGCCUGGGAUUGGAGGAGGGUGGUGAAGGAGGUGGUGAUGAUGGAAACAUCCUGCCCAUCAUGCAGUCCAUCAUGCAGAACCUUCUCUCCAAGGAAGUGCUUUAUCCAUCUCUCAAAGAGAUCACUGCUAAGUACCCAGAAUGGUUGGAGGCCAACAAGCCAAGCCUUAGCCCAGAGGACUACCAGCGCUACGAGCAGCAGGCCAAUAUCAUGGGAGAGAUCUGUAAGCACUUUGAGAGGGAGGAACAGGGGGCUGAGGAUAAAGAAAGCUCAUUCGAGAGCAUCAUGGACCUGAUGCAAAAGCUGCAAGACCUUGGCCAGCCACCCAAAGAGCUUGCAGGUGAUACGCCUCCCGGCUUUAACUUUGACACAGAGUCCCUCAGUCUCCCAGGACUCCCUGGUUCCGGGCCAGCAGAGCAGUGCUCCAUCAUGUGAUGAGGCAGCGGUACGGUCCAUCAGAAGCGCUGGAGCCAUAGGGGUCACUGUGUGUGUCAGCAACAGGCAGGGAGUGAAGGAGUGUGAAACAAAGGUCGGGCAGGAGGGUGACCAGACCGUCGACACUGUUCUCCGUCAAGCAGGAGGUGUGUGGAUGCGGAAACAACAGGAGGAGGCGCAAAAUCCAACAGGACCCAUACACACAAACACACACACUUGUGUCUAAAGUCACCGAACGCACAACUGAGAACAUUUUAACAUCUCUGCAUUAGUUUGCCAGCAGUUGCCAUCGCUCCUUCACGGUUUAGUUUUAACAGCAAUCAUAAAAAAAAGAAACCAUCACUGCCAUUCUCCUCGUUGUUUUUACAAUGCUGUUUAGCCUCAUGGUAAAAUCUAUCAAACCACUUCACGGGUAUAAACAGUGCCUUUGAAAAUGACUUACGUUGUUAUUUUAGGUCUCAUCAUAAGGUAAGACGUUGCUAACAUUCAGCUAAACACAUGAGAUUAUAGUUUUAUUAGUUAAUUAGUUAAUUUGCAAUACCACCCAAGGUUUCUACCAGGCUAGUGAUGAUUCUCUUGUACUUUGUUAAACACACACCUCUGUUUCUGUACAGGCUUUACAGGAUUUAAAUUAACAAGUUAAUUACCUACUAACAUGUAAGGAACUGGAAAGAUUUGGUGUACAUUUGCUGGUAAUUUAAAGAACUAAAAAGACUAGAGAGGAUUGGACAAUUAAUGAGAUGUUCGCAGCAUCUGUUGUAAUUCAGUCAACUAAUUUAACCCAAUCUCCUGAGUGUUGUUCCCCAUUCCCAGGCGCUGAUUUGAAGUGAUUGAGAUGUUGAUUCCCAGAUGCCUUUGCUGUGGUUACAGUGAUAAUUAUGGUGUAGAGUUACUGUGCAAAGUGCUGCCCUUGUGAUUCCCAGUGUUUUUAAUGUGCAGAGUGAUACUUUCCUUGGUAUGUGGUCCCUGCUGGGAAAGAAAAGCACUUUCAUGAGAGAUAAUAUGUACCUGUAUCCUGUAGCCUCCAUUAAAAGUACAUUAUUCUCUACAGAAAAUGUGACAGGCAAGAGAACUAAACAUCUUAUGUCACACGAGGGGAGAAACAUGACUCUAAAUCAUGCAGAUGGUAGGUGAGUUUGUUUACUCUAGCAGACACUUUUCACCAGCUGCUAUUGCCAGUGGACAGAUUUUAGCACUGCAACCGUGGAGAGAGGUCUAGAAAUCACACGACCAUCAGCUCGUCAAUAACUGUAUAAUAAAGGGGUGCUGUGAAAGGACUCAGUCAGCCGUGCACUGAAAAGAGAUCAGAUUUACAUCGGACACAGCUGAGGGGAGGCUGCUGUGCAGGUCCAUAAAGGCCUGUGGUGGGGGGGUGAAAAAUCUAUUCAACUCUAAGGGCUGAUGCAAACAUGCCCAAAACACCGUUAAAAAAAAUGCAACCUGUUAUAUGACACCAUUUUGUUUUGUAAAUAUAUGAAAUAAAAUGAUAU